AGAAUCUGGCUCGAAGAGUGUAGAAUUAGAACUCAGCAAGGCUGCGGCGUUCAAAGCAUGGACACCCAGAGUGAGCCUCACACGUUUGGCACGUUUUUGAGAUGACGAGCUGAUGGAUGUUUGGUGACCGUCACGAAACAAAACUGUCCGGGAACCACCCCUGUUCCUUCCCACACCGUUUUGAAGACAACUGCCCAACAACGAUCAGGAACUGCCAUCGCUAUUAGGCUCCUCUCUCUCUCUCUCUUUCGUGCACAUGUUGGUUUGAUGAGCUAUUGCAUCUUUGCCACAGGUGUCCAGUGCUACGAUGACAGAUCCCAUGGAUGCAAGAAGAGCUCGAGCAGCCUAUGCGGAGGCUUGGUGUCUUUACGUUUGGGUUCCCGCCAUCGAUGCCUUCCUCGGAGGGCAGGGAGCAGUGGAUUCCCGGCCCUUGGGACUGGGCGAUGUGUGUUUGCUUCCGUUGGCACUGGCUGGAACACUGGUGCUGGAGUACGGCUGGUCUGCUGGAUGCUUGCGGGUGGCGCAUGCAGUAAAGUUAAUGAUGUUUGCUUACCGCAUGCCGCUGGUUUGGGACCACGAGUGUUGGGCAGCGCUGACUGAGCUGAGCUUUCUUUUCUGGGGGGAGGAGAAGAACUUCCGAAGCUUUUGGCAGCUUUGCCGAGGACAGCUGUUGCUUCUCUACGCGAGUGCUGCCUGGUGGAAGCUCAACACGUCCUUCUUGGAUCCACGGACCUCUUGCAGCACAGUGAUUUUGACCCAGCUGCUCAGCGCUUAUGCACCCCACGAGCUAGCCCUUCAGCUAGCUCCGCUGAUUGUGAGGCUGGCUCCCAUCAUGGGCCUAGCUGGUGAAGCCAUCAUCGCCGUGCUGCUGUUGGUGAGACCAGCACUGGGGGUUGUGACUGCUUCAGCCUUCCACCUGCUUGUGCUUUUGGCUCCGGCGCCCAACUUUGCUGGUGGCUUCUCUGUUUGCUGCGCAGCACGUUUGUUGCUACUGUUGCCAUUGGAGGCUGCUGCACGCUGCUCGCUGCUCAAUCCCUUGGUAGUACUGACUUGUGCUGUUUUUGCAGCAUUGGUCCCCAGCUGCGCCUUUGGUGCCUUUGGUGCCUUGCUUGCAAUGACCCUGCAGGGCGUUUCCGAGGUGCAGACCACGGCCAAGGAGACUCUUGGGAGCUUGCAACGCGUCGUGCUUUGCGCAAGCUUCCUCUAUGCUUUUGUGCUGCCAGUGCUUGGACUUCAGCACAUGGCCUCGUGCUCCAUGUAUGCGAAUCUAAAGCACUAUGGCGGAUCCAACCACCUCAUCGUCCCCACAGGGCUGUUGCAAGACUGGUUUGGGGAUUCUUCGACAGCUUCGUCGCCCUUCGACGCCUUCGGUGGCGGCCUCGUCCGCGUCGAUGACUUCGGUGGCGUGGACGACCUGCGACGCAACGCUUGGAGCGACGUGGAGCCGCCAAGGGCGGUGCAGCUGCUGACGGCGAACGGGCACAGUGGCCGACAAUUUGCAGCCUACUAUGCAAGGAUGGAUUCGUUGAAGGUCGCUGGCGUCCAAUCGCUUCACGUCCAUCAUCCCGUGGUGAUGCCCGCCUUUGAGCUCCGCCGAGCACUGGCCCGCUCCGCCCGCUCCGACUCCGCUGACUCCGACCCUUCCAGCUCGGUGCGCGUGGUGCGGCUGCCGCAGAGGCUGCGGACACCCAAGGAGUGGAGAGACUUCCAAGGUGUCCAGCUACACUUUUGGCCCAACGGCAGCUGCACGAAGGAUGAAGAGAACCUGUCGGAUGUCCCGUGCGCGACGGACGACCUGACUUUGUUCUUGCCACCUCCGUGGUGGCUCCGAAAGAUUUUGUUGCCCUAUCCAUAUCCACUACUCCCGGAGGAUGACACAGAGAUCCAUUGCAGCAGCUGAAUGGGUGGAAGUCCAUGAGGCUUUGGACAGCUGGCGGCGGUUUGAUGCAAAGAAGUUUAGUUGCGAGAAAUUGCUCAGAGCUCGUGUCUCAACUGGAGAUCAUGGAGGAGCAGGCAGUCUGGCAGCCAUCCCCAGCAGCGGGAAGCGGCAGGAUUUGGCGAAGCAGGCAUGCGCUGCUGAACGGUGCUAACCGGGUGUUGAGCGAGACUUGUCUCGAGAUCUUUAUCCUUUCGUUUUGGGCUUCCAAGUUGUUCAUUCCGGUCUCCGGGGUUCCCACAAGUUCCCCAGUCUCAACAUUGUUCAAGGCCAGGUCAUCCUCUCCAUGGCACAAGCUGCCGUUGGCGCGUGCGGC